AUGAAGGCGAAUACAACAGAGGUGAGCCUUCCUGUGGAAGAAAUGGACCUACAAAUAUUCAAGAGUGAUGAUCCCAAUAACUUCACUUUCAGAGAAUUCUGUGUUGCACCUCAAAACCCAUCUCUUAUUGAACAUCAAAGAAUGUACACUUUGGAAAAAUCUAGUGAAAGUAAUCGAUGCAGAAAGACUUUUAUUAACAGGGCCAUUAUUCCUGGACAUCAGAGUAUGCAUACUGGAAAGAGACCCUAUGAAUGCAAGCAAUGUGGAAAAACAUUCAGACUGAGCUCCAGACUUGCUGUACAUCAGAAAAUCCACAAUGUCAAGAAACCUUAUGAAUGCAGGCAGUGUGAGAAGUCAUUCACAAAUAACUACAGACUUGCAAGACAUCAGAGAGUCCACACUGGGGAGAAACCUUAUGAAUGCAAGCAGUGUGGAAAGAGAUUCAGUUGUAGAUCCUAUCUUGGUGCACAUCAGAGGGUCCACAUUGGAGAGAAACCUUAUGCAUGCAAGCAGUGUGGAAAGAGCUUCACAAUGAACUCCAGGCUUUCUGUACAUCAGAGGGUCCACACUGGGGAGAAACCUUAUGAAUGCAAGCAGUGUGGAAAGAGAUUCAAUUAUAGUUCCCAUCUUGGUGCACAUCAGAGGGUCCACACUGGGGAGAAACCUUAUGAAUGCAAGCAGUGUGGAAAGAGAUUCACAACUAACUCCAAUCUUUCUGUACAUCAGAGGGUCCACACUGGGGAGAAACCUUAUGAAUGCAAGCAGUGUGGAAAGAGAUUCAGUUGUAGAUCCCAUCUUCGUGCACAUCAGAGAGUCCACCCUGGGGAGAUACCUUAUGAAUGCAAGCAGUGUGGAAAGACGUUCACAAAGAACUACGAACUUGCUAGACAUCAGAGAGUCCACACUGGGGAGAAACCUUAUGAAUGCAAGCAGUGUGGAAAAAGAUUCACAACUAACUCCAGUCUUUCUGUACAUCAGAGGGUCCACACUGGGGAGAAACCUUAUGAAUGCAAGCAGUGUGGAAAGAGAUUCAGUUGUAGAUCCCAUCUUGGUGCACAUCAGAGGGUCCACACUGGGGAGAAACCUUUUGAGUGUAAGCAGUGUGGGAAAACAUUCAUAAAUAACUCCAGUCUUGCU